CCCCUAUGAGCGGAGCAUGUUGCCGGCUAGCAGUUGAAACCUGCCUCAAGCAUCUUUGCGAGAGAUUUUCGUCCUGGAGUGCUCAGGUCAUCCUGCAGAACUGAACUGAGUCAUUUCGAGAGUGCCUGUCACCGUUGUGCGGGCGGAGAGAGCUUGAUGUUGGAGAGAGACGCAUGAAAAGUGGGUGUAUCAGUGGCCGCGAGCAACGCAAAACACAACAACAACACAGCCAAGUGUAAAAACCUUCGCACCUGGGAGUCUCGGCUGUAGAGGAGCGUAAACCUGACAGAAUGUACGCCAAGGGCGGCGGGCGCCCUGGACGGGAGAAUGACAGCCAAGUUUGUCAAGCAGUGGUUGGUGUCGAGCGGGCCCAGGAUGCUUCGCCAGCACCUCAUCUCGAGCCCAAUGCUCGGUCAACACAACUUACACGUACUUCCGACUUGUCUCGCAGGAGGGUUGUUACCGGCGGCAAGAACUAGUGUUGCGGCAGCCCUGUUCGGUAGGCUUGGUGGCAUGCGUCCUCCAGUGGUGGCUAGGGAACACUCGCCAUGUGCUGGGCCCAGCCACAAGUGUGUUGCUUUGGCGAGCGACAACGAAAGGUCGGCGGCGGCACCGAAAAGGCCCUUGCUCAGCUGCAGCUAAAUGCAACAGGCCUGGCGCCAGACCCAGUGGUCCUCCUAAAACCAAGCGACUUCGUGGCCGCAGUUCAGCCUCCACAAGGCAUGCUGCAGAACCAAAACGAGGAGCAGAUGACACGCAGCAGCAGCGCCAAGUCCGCCACGAGCCGAGUAGGACAGGCAGGCACGCCGCCACUCCUGCCCAGCCACAACCCAGGCAGUGCUGAGCUGCAGCCUCCACCAGCUGAGCCCGCUCGGAGAGGCAAUACUCUGUCGAGAAGCGCGCCGUGCCAACUCUUGGCCGUACCCGAUGCAGACUCCUAUGUUGGCAGCUUAUCGCCUACAAUUGACAAUUCUAAUGCCAACUACACAAACGAGGUUAUUGCUGAUGUUGGAGGUCAAAUCCCUCCUUUAGACGUUCUCUUCAACUUGUCACAAGGGACAAACUUAGUUGACCCUUCCGCUGCCAUCCCCCAAAAGGUACAGUGAGAUUGGAGCUGAAAGAGCAGGGAUACACAUAGUACAGAUUAAUCCCGAGCGCAAGAGGACCUCCAAAGAUCUUACCCGGAUUUGAAAAGGCCGACUCUAAGAACCUGCCUGACGUCGAUAUGGUCAUGUUGGCACAUUACUUAAGCACCAAAGGUUCCAUGUGGAGUCCGGAACUCCGGCUGCUGAAAGUCGCUAGGCCCUGAGCUGAGAUGGUACCCCAAGGGUUGCUUCCAAGAUUUGCCACUAGGUGUGAUGGAUUUUACUAAGAAAAUGAGGAUGGAAUCUGCAGGCUUGUUUUCUCGAUUGCCAUUUCCGUAAUCAGCAUAACCAGUGAUGCAGUCGUUACUCUUGAUGUACCUCAAAUUUGUACAGGCCAAUGCAGAUCAUUUUUAACUUAAGCGAGUAUCGUCGCCCUCUUGCCUCUUUUGCACCCUCUGUCAGCUGGCUAUGAAAAAUUUCAUAGCAUUUGCCCUUGACAACCUUUCUCAAGGACAAAAGCAGGUUUGGGAUUUCCUGCUUGUUGGCUUUGGCAAGUUGUUUGAUUCGAUGCUUAAGCCGGUUGACUGUUUUUUGUUUUUCCUCCAGUUUCCUAAUUAAAAGUCUCUUCCUCGGGGUCAGCAUCUUCUUCGAAUAUGCUCCAAUUUCUACACAAAUCCGUGAUCUGGUUUUUCGGAUGUUUUUUUUGUCUGCAUUUUUAUGCUCAAUGAUCUUCUUGGCUGCAGCUUGGAUUUGCACCGGAGUCCUUACAACCAGAGCCUGCCUCUCUUUGGUCUUAUCAAUCUGCGCAUUCAUGCCAUCCUAUAUGAGAAACAUAAAUUCUUAUGGUUUUGACUGUAUUUGAGACACUAAUAUUUGUCUUUGCAAGCUAUAAAAGCUACAAGGAUAAUUUUAAUUUUUGCAACUGGCAUCUUGAAUUGAAAAUCUUUAAUGCUCUGGGAACGGUAUUUGACUAAUAUUUUUCAUACUUGCUCCAUUCAGUGCCAAAUUUGAAAAAAUCUAAAAGCCAGUGAUAUUUUAAAUUGGAUUAAAAUAUUGUGUGUAAUUACUUUAUUCAUUCUAACUGGUUUCACUAAAUCUUCCUCUUGAAUAUGCUUUUCAGGCGUCCGCAGAUCAGGAUAUUCUACCUCAAGGUCGACGUCACAUUCCAUGGGCACUUCUUCUGCAAAUUUUUCAUGUCCGUGCUGCAAUGGGAGGUCUCUCAGCCAGGAAAUUGAAGGUGGCAGCCGGCGGGACCCCGCCCAUUGCCAAUUUUUUAAGUUUGAUGGCUGCUGUCGGGGCUUCCGCAGCUUAACCACAUUCACGAUGGCUGGUGGUGGAGAGCCAAAAUUUGCCUGCUCACAGGGCGUAUAGCGAGGCUGGUUGAGACCGCUAAUGCUUAUUUUUUACAUUUUAUUUCCUUGAAAGCACAAUGUAACGCUUGGUUUGUUAUAUUUAAACGAAAAUUACAUCUAAUAAUGGAUUUAAAUUACAUACCUUGAUUUUAAUCAAUGCAAUUGCAAGUAAAAGUUGAAUUAACGUUUGUAAAUUCCUGCCACUAUCAUAUUUUAUUACAAUUGGCAAGGAGUGGUUCUAUUCCCUAACCAGGCCUAGGAAAAGACGGCAAUUUUUUAACUUUGAGCAGUUUGUUUUUUGAAAUUCCUCAACAAAUACUAUUGAUAUUAAUCACCCCCCUAAAUUAACGUUUACGUGACUUUUAUUUCAUAUAUGUCAAACAAUGCAUAUUAUAAUUAUUUUGUUUUACCAAGUCUUGUUGCUCUAGGAACAGUAUUUGACUAAUAAUUUUCAAACUUGCGCAAUUCAUUGCCAAAUUGUAAAAAAACUAAAAAUAAACUAAAAGCUAUUGUUCUUUUAAACUGGAUUAAAUAAUUGUGUAUUUACGAUAUUCGUUCUAACCAGUUUUACGUCAUCAUCCUUUUGUACAUGUUUUCCAGGUGUUCGGAGUUCCUUCUUCGUGUCAGAAUCCACUUGUGAGUCAGUGUCCUGUUCAUGCUGUAAUGGGGCCUCAGAAGUGAAAAUGUGAUUUUAAGCAAAUUGACAAUGUUGAAUAAACAAUAUUAUCCAAUGGCUA